AUGUUGUCUUUUAAUCGUAUUGCUAUCUACGGUCAUCGAGGCUGGGCCAGCUCAAAGAUAACCGAAGCCUUGAUCGCAUCAGGGGCACCGAUUCGAAUUAUUUACUGUCCAGGAUCCGAUAUCUCGAGCCUGCCGUCUUCCAUCACUAGCGUCGAGGUGGAUGUUGAGGACGAGAAAGCACUGGUUAACGCCCUACAUGACAUUGACAUCGUGACCUCUCUCGUCGGACACGAAGGGGUUAAGCGACAGCAUGCCUUCGUCAAGACCAUACCAAAGACGGACGUCAAGCUUUUCUCACCAUCGGAGCUUGCGGGUAGAUACUACGAGCAAGGCUUGAAGAUUGGCGUCAACAAGGCUAAACGCCAAGUUGAGGAAGCCUCUAUCGCUGCUGGCAUUCCAACUAUGCUAGUCUUGCUUGGGAACUUCGCCGAGUUUGCACUGAAUACUCCUGGCAUGGAUGUAGACUUGCCUGGUAAUAGAAUUGUGUACUCGGGGAACAGUGCCGAGGAGAUUGUGGACUUAAGGGCGAUCUCGAUCUCCGAGUUGAAGGCCACUGGUAAUGAUUUUGCUACUGCGCCGAAACAGAAACAUGGCACUCCUCCUCAAGCCUCCGUUUUGAGCCUCGACAAAGUCAACACCGAAAUUUGGGGCACCGGUGAGCAAGCCAAGAUGGUCGGGGCCGAUAUCUGGGAUGUUGAAGGCUACAAAAAGGCCACUCUUGAAGUCUUAGUCGUUCGUGGAAAGCUUGAAGCUUAUCGCCAACUCCCACCAUAG